UAUUCCCUGAAAGGACACCUAACCUCCAUCAGCUACCUUGCGUUUUCGUCGUGUGGAUGGUUUCUGGGCACAGGCUGCAGCCGGGGGUGGCUGAACCUCUGGUCGCCGCAGAAUGGCACACUGCUUCACACCUGGACAGGAAGUGGAUCGGUGGCCGGAUUGUCUUGGUCACGUGAUCAAAAACUCGCUUUCAUCUUUUCUAAGUCACCGAACUUGAUAGUGGCAGAGGGCAUAGAUGAGCACGCAGCCAGGAACCUGGUAUUUGCCUCCUGCAGGUCUCAUCUCAAGGCGAGACACAUCAGCGUCGGCUGCAGGCGAACACCGUUCCUCUCAAUGCUACUUCGCAGUUUGCCUGAUAUCUUGCAAAGCCAGUAUGCGUACGAAAAGAAUCACGUGAUGUCCGGCAACCAAUUGCUUCACAGCAACUACUUGCGCUGCCUUGCAACUUGGGCUGUUGAGAUGAAGUUGCUUGAGUUGUUAUAUUCAUCUAGUCAUCCUCUUCUCUUCAUUGGUUGGUUGGUCGGUUGGUCAAUUGGUUGUGAGUGGGAGUGGUUGUUCAACUUGGGGUCCAUGCUUGCAGGUGCAAAGUCCCUCAUCUGCAGGUCCCUCUUUCCUGGCACCGACAGUAUCAACGUUCUUUCAAGGGACAACUCAAAAUGGACGAGCGAAAUGGAUGGUGAGAUCAUGCAAUGGAUCGCCUCGAGACCAUACGACUGGAAGAUGGAGAGCAAGUGUGAUGCUUUCAUGUGGGGCACGUGCAGGUUCAGCCCCCUCUCCACAGCCUCCACACCUUCACCCCCCGCUUCCAUCGAAUCACUAGCUAAGGCCGCUCAGAUAGCUUGUGGUCAGAACUGCACAUUCCUCGUGCAAAGCGAUGGAUUGGUGCUGGCGUCUGGUGAGGGAAGUUAUGGCAGACUGGGCCAGGGUAACUCGGAUGACCUGCCUGUGCUCACUUUGAUUUCAAGUUUACAAGGUUAUGUCAUCACAUCUGUGGUCACUUCCGUUGGAUCGGAUGGUCACUCCAUGGCUCUCACUGAUACUGGAGAAGUCUUCUCCUGGGGGGAUGGUGAUUACGGCAAGUUGGGUCAUGGGAACAGCGACAGACAGCGUAGACCGAAAUUAAUUGAGGCACUCCAGGGAGAAGAAGUCAUCCAGGUAAGUGUGGGUUACAAACACAGUGCUGUUGUGACGAGUGAUGGCAAGUUGCUAACGUUUGGUAACGGCGAUUAUGGCAGACUGGGACAUGGAUCAACGAGCAAUAAAAAAAUUCCGGAGCGAGUGCAGUUCCUUCAAAAUUUUAAGAUUUCUCAUGUUUCAUGUGGGCUGAACCACACCUUGUGUGUGUCAACUGAAAGUAAUUAUGUUUUUGCGUUCGGGGAUAACGAUCACGGGAAGUUGGGGUUGGGUCACGUGACUAACAAGAGCGUGCCCACCUUGAUUGAGGAGAUUGUGGGCUGCGGAGUGGUCAAAGUGGCCUGUGGAUCGCAGUUCAGCGUGGCACUCACCAAGAAUGGAGAAGUCUUAACGUGGGGACAAGAUAAGUUCACGGGCCAGCCAGCAGAAGCAGGUUCAAAGUCGUUAUCCUUUUUCCUGAGACCCCAACAACUAUGCAAUCUGCCCCCAAUAAAAGAUGUGUCGGUCGGCUCGGAACACACGUUAGCCCUCAGCAGGAGUGGGGUUGUGUUUGGCUGGGGCAACAAUUCAGAUGGCCAGGUGGGCAUCAGCGGCAACUCGCAUGUGCUGGAACCCACCAUCAUUCCUGGCUUGCCAGAUGCUCUGCAACAGAUCUCAGCGGGGAGGACGCACUCGUGUGCAUGGACUACCCCUGCCGCCCACCAGCACACCUACACUUCCUACAACAAGUUGGAGUCCUUGUGUUAUGUCGGCUGUCCAUCGCACGUUCCAUCCCUCUAUGGCUCCAUCAAAGAUUUGCCCGUUCAAAUAGUUUUUGACCGGUUCAAAGUCAUCAAUUUUUUCUCAAAUCUUGUGUCCACUUCCUGGAGAUUUCUCAAUCUCUCCUUCAAUCAGCGUCUGCUGCAUCUUGGAUGUGAACCCAACUGCAUGCUCCACUCUUCGAUUCGCAAGCUGCUGAUGCCUCGUGUUCACAUCAAACCCUUGCACAGAAACCUGGGCAGGACCAUGGUUCAAGGAAAAAAUUUCGGACCUAUCAUAACUGUUAAGAGAAUUUCAACAAAGGGAAAGACGAACAGGAUGAUUUAUAAGCAAGUCAGCCAACAGGUUUUACUUUUAAACCCCGCUGAUUUGAGGCUGCCAGCUCGCGCCUGGAAGGUGCAGUUAAUUGGAGAGGGUGCAGAUGAUGCGGGUGGGGUUUUUGACGACACCAUCACACAAAUUUGUGAGGAGUUGAAGAGUGGAGUCGUUCCUCUUCUCAUUCCAACGCCAAACUCAAAAAGCGACGAAGGCUACAACAAAGACAAAUAUUUGUUGAACCCUUCGUUGACCUCCGUGGACUGGCUCUCUCAAUAUAAAUUUCUGGGAAUCCUUAUUGGAGUGGCCAUUAGAACGAAGAAGCCCCUUGAUCUUCCACUUGCACCUAUCGUGUGGAAGGCGCUGUGUGGCUUGCCGCUGACUGCUCAAGAUAUUGAAGAGGUUGAUGUAUACUUCGUGCAAGGGUUGAAGUUCAUUAACGACUUUGAGGAAAAGGAUAUCAGCCAAGAAGCAUUUGUUACCUAUACAGCUCUUGAAACCUUUGUGUGUUUAAAUUCACUAAAUGAAUUUGUACCUGUGGUGCCCGGAGGCCAAUCCAUAGCACUGACCUACCACAACAAAAAAAUCUACACCCAACAAGCUAUGCAUUUCAGAUUGCAUGAAAUAGAUCUGCAGGUACGUGCAGUGAGGGAUGGCAUAUCGUCAAUUGUGGCACUGCCUCUUCUCUCUUUAUUGACGCCAGAAAAUCUGGAACAGCUAGUAUGCGGAAUGACGCACGUACCUGUUGAACUCCUCAAAAAGAUCGCGAGAUACAGAGACAUAGACGAAAAUAGUAACUUGGUUCUCUGGUUUUGGGAAACCUUAGAGGAGUUCAGUGAAGAAGAGAAAGUGUUAUUUAUGAGAUUUGUCUCGGGAAGGAGCAGGCUCCCUACAAACCCAGCCGACAUCAGUCAGCGAUUUCAAAUCCUCAAAUCUGAAAGAUCCAGUGACAGCUUGCCAACAGCUCAGACAUGCUUUUUCCAGUUGAAACUUCCAUUUUACACAAGCAAAACAAUGCUCCAAGAAAAGUUGAGGUAUGCCAUCAACAAUUGUAAAUCUAUCGAUACAGACAACUACAUGUUGGCAAGAAAUACUGCAGAUAACAAUCUCAUGUCGGAUGAUGAAAGUUAAACAUCUACCACAAUUUCUAACGAAAAAUAAUUCAUUCUCAAUGAGUUCUUGCUCGUGAGUAUUUAUAGAGAAUUGAUUAACUUAAUAAGUAAUCCUUACUUUUUUUUAUAUGAAAAAGCAUUGUCCACGUUUUACGUAAUAUCUAUACAAGGUUGAAUCAGUUUAUUUUAAAUACUUAUUUGAAACGAAUCAACUCGUGUAUAUGUUGGAGUCAAAUUGUACAGGUAAAAUCACUUUGUGGACCAAUUAUUGAAAUUAUCAAAAUAAGCUUGUGGAAAUUUUUUAAAUAACAUUUUUUUAAAUAACAUUUUUACGUGGUUUGCUUCUAGUCAAAAUAAAUUGUAUAAACAUUUGUUAGAA